UUCAUGUUUAUUUUCAAUUUGCUGUAGACUUUUUAGCAGUCUUCAGAAGUUUAAGUCUGAGUACCUGAUAUGGGAUUCUUGGAAACGUUGGUGUAAUCAACUUCUGUCUCGAUUGAAAGAAGAACCAGAGAAUAAAUCUCCUUCAAAUUUCUAUGAUGUUGAUCCAGAAAAUCCAUUGGGUGAAUCUCCAGCUGUGGAAGUUUUCCAAUAUAAACACAAAGAUGGAUUUUUUGCAACUUCACCUGAACCAAGAAAUCCAAGACUUCCGACUAUAAAAUAUCGGGUGGGUCAAGUUAUUGUGCAUAAGAUUUGGAAAUACAGAGGAGUCAUUAUUGGAUGGGAUGAAAAAGCAAAGGCUCCAGAAAAAUGGUUACAAGAGAUGCAUGGGAAGAAAAAUCCUCAUUGGCUACAAAUGCCUAAUUAUGCUGUACUUGUGGACACCAGGGACAGGAUGACACCUCAAAUGACUUAUAUUCCUGAAGAAAAUAUUGAAAUUGUUAAAAAUACUAGGAUAAUGCAUCCUAUAUUAGAAGAUUACUUUGAAAAAUUUGACGGAGCACAGUAUAUACCACGACCAUGGUUAAAAGCUGUCUAUCCACAUGAUUGAAUAUCUCAUUGAUGUUUUUAUUAUUAUAUUUUUGACCACAGAGGUACAAUUAAUUUUGGAUUGCAUUCAGUAAUUGAUGAAAAACUAUCUAUUGUCAUGAAAUGUUAAAUUAUGUGUGAUCUUUAAAACAGUGAUGAUGUUGAUUAUGCUAUGAUAGUUCUUUUAAACUACCAUUAUUUGAGAUAUGUUAAUAUGUACAUUAUAAAAUGUAACUCACUAUAAUUAUAUGAUGGAAAUAUGUAGAUACACUAAAUUUGAGGUUUCACGAUAGGGACAUUUUUGUGAUGAAUCAUUACGUACAAAUAACGGUUAUGAAUUCGGUGUGUUGAAACAUACAUAGUUUCAUGAUUAUUAACUCUUAGCUGCAUCUUGUGUUGCUUUUCUUUCUAUUUUUCUCUAGUUUCAUGAGGAAUGAAAUUUAAUAUUUUUUUCUGUCUUUGGCUAGAUUUAUAUAUAAUUUUAGUGGCUAUAGUAGCUGUUUGGAGAUAAAAAAUACAACUGAUCCUUCAUUCCCCUCCAUGUUUCCUAAAUUCAGGUAUUGUGAAUAACUUUUUAAUAUGUAAAAAGUUAUGUAUAGGAACUUUCUUGUCAUUUUUUACAGUUUAAAAAUUUAUUAAUUUAAGUCAUAGAUUUAAUGUUUUAGACAGAUUAACCCUCAUCGGCACACCCUUUGAAAAGUUACGUUGUGGAAUACCUGGGGUUCAACCAAACCCCAGCAUAAAAUUACCAUUAUAGUAAGUUCUGGAUUGUAAUUCCAAAAACUAAUUGCAUUACAACUUACAAGUUUUAUUAGGGUUAGCAUGCAAUGUGAACAAUGUAAAAAUAUGUGUAUUCUAGAAGAAAUUACAAAAUUAUAUUGUUCCCAGUAUACAAAUAAGUAGUAUUAAACCAUUCCUUAUACAAACAGUGUCAAAAAAUAACAGUUUUAUUAUACUCCUAUAUUCAAGUCAUUAUCUACCAAUAUAUGAUGAGAUUACCAUAAUACUGCUGAAUUCAACUCAAAGAAAACUGAAGAUGUAGGUUGUGUGUUACCUUGGGUCUAACCAAACAUAAAUGUAUUCUUAUACUUUUAAUAGUAGGCUAGGGAUUAAAAAUUCAAUAAGUAGGUUAUUUACAACAAUUAUUAAACAAGGUUUCUAUAAAAUAGGGCAUUAUAACUAAUAUUUAUAUAAGCAGUCAUCAUAGAGAACACUUGUUGAUGAAUGAGAUACACAUACGUGCUUAUCAAUUUGAACAUCAUUGUGGUAAGCACGUAGACUCCAGAUAAAUAUUAGAUUAUUGUUAUAUACUCCGUCUGCCUGUUUCGAAAACAACAAUGUCACAUUGAUCCAGGGUUUCUGCUUGAUAGUUAUAUGAUCUGCUAUAAAUUUGUAAUGAUUAUGUAAAAUGAUAUACAAUUGAGAAAGUUGUUGAGUUCCAUAUGCUGAUGAGGGUUAAAGCUUGACUGUUAACUAUACUAGCCAGAGAAAAAUGAUCUUUAUUUUUGAGAAUUUUUCAUAACUAUUUUACCCAUAAUUCCAAAGUAUAGAGAGUUUUCUAAAUACUAAAAAUAAGAAUGUACUUCUGUAUUUAUUAGUGUAGAUGUACAACUAAAUACUAAAACUAAGAAUGUACUUCUAUAUUUAUUAGUGUAGAUGUAAAAUUUUUGUUAUGAACUUCAGGUUUUCCAUCCAAGUGGAACAACUUUGCGAAGCUGCAUUUUCAUUUGGACUGUUCUUGAAUUGAGUUAUAUAGUGGUAACUUACAGAAACACAACCUGUUACAAUAUUUGGAGCAAGAACAGUAUUUAUCAACAUCUUAUAAAUUUACACCAUUUACUUGGAUAAAAUAAGUUUAACAUUCACGUCAGAAACAUAGCCUGCUACAAUAAUGCAAACUUAAACUUCAUAAAAUUCAGCUACACAGAUUUUUAAAAUAAUAUUAAUUUUUUUCUGUCACAUAAGGAUUU